UUUGCUUUCAUCCUGACAACAUGUGUACUGGAAAAUGCACAGGUUGCAUUGGUGUUAUUCUGUACCCAUUAGUGGUCAUAUCCAUCAUCUGUAACAUAAUGCUGUUCUUUCCUGCCUGGGACAUCAAGUAUGUCAAAGAUGGACAUAUUACUGUGGAGGUGAAAUACUUGGGAGGACUCCUUGGAGGGGGGUUGAUGGUGUUGAUCCCAGCAAUUUACAUCCACAUGACUGAAGUAGACAGAUGCUGUGGAAACCGCUGCGGGAUGUUCUUAUCGAUCCCGUUUGCUGCAGUGGCUUUGCUUGGGGCCAUGUACAGUUUCGCUGUAGCCACGCUCGCUUUGCAUAACGGGCCACUCUGCAAAAAUGAGACAUGGACAACACCUUUUAAUGACACGAAUUUCAAGUACCUGACUAAAUACAAGUCAUGGGGAGAUUGCACCGAGCCUAAGAACAUUGUGCUGUUCAACACUAUAUUGUUCGUCAUUCUGCUGGUCACAAGCUGUUUCCAGGGGCUGCUCUGCACCAUCCAGAUGAUCAUCGGCCUAAUUGGGUGCGUGUGUGGAGUCUUCUUCAACAAAGAGGAACCAUGAGGCUUAUCUGGACCAUGGGUACUCAGUACUGUGUCUGGUUGACUGGUGCUACCUGCUGAAACACUGGAAUAGUGUUCGUGG